CAGCUUCAUUCUUACCUUCCGUUCCUCAACAAGUGGCAGCAAUUCCCACUUUUUCCAUUUAUAAGCUAAACCCCCUUCACUCUUCACACCCUUAUUUUCUUUCUUCUAUUCUCUGCAACUCAACGCAACGUUGUUCAGUGACCAAGAACAACACCACCAUGACCUCCGUUUUGCAUAACUGUCCAAAUGACAGAAUUAUCCUUCUCUCCUCCUUUCUCUUUCACCUCCUUCUCUUCUUUCCCUUCAUCGGAGCACAAUCCGAUAACAACAACCAAAACAACUCUUACUACAACCGUUUCAGCCCUUCCAUGGCGAUCAUAGUUGUAAUCCUCGUCUCCGCACUCUUCCUCAUGGGAUUCUUCUCCAUCUACAUCCGCCACUGCUCCGACUCUCCUUCCGUCAGCAUCCGCCACCUUGUCGCCACCGGCAGAUCCCGCCGCGGUCCACGAGGUCUCGACCCUGCCGUCAUCCACUCGUUCCCAACCUUAGAGUACUCAGUCGUAAAAAUCCACAAGAUUGGAAAGGGAGCACUCGAAUGCGCAGUGUGCCUCAACGAGUUUGAAGACACUGAAACGCUGCGUUUGAUUCCCAAAUGCGACCACGUAUUCCACCCUGAGUGUAUCGACGAGUGGCUCGAGUCUCACACCACGUGUCCGGUUUGCAGAGCCGACCUCCUCCCACAACCGGGAGACUCCGUACGCGGCGCCGCCGCCGUCGUGAUUUCAGAGUUGGCAAACGACCAGUUGUCCUCGCCGCGCAAUUUGGAAUCGCGGAACCAAAGCGACGUCGUAGUUGCUGUGGAGCAAGAAAGUGAGAAUCUGGAGAGUAAUAAGAAUGAAAGGGUAAGUGUUGAUGAUCGGGAAGUAUUGUGUUUGAAUAUGAACCAGGCGUUGAAUUUGAACCGCACCAGGGGUUCCCGGUCGGGGAGGCCGAGGAGGUUUCCGAGAUCACAUUCGACCGGGCAUUCGCUGGUCCAACCAGGUGAGGACACAGAGCGGUUCACUUUAAGAUUGCCUUUGGACGUGAGGAAGAAGAUUCUAGAACCUCAGUUGAACCGAGCGAGGAGCUUGGUUAUUUUGCCGAGAGAAGGGAGCUCAAAGAGGGGUUACCGAACUGGGGGCGGAGAAGGAAGUAGUAGGGGCCGGUCUACAAGGCGGUUAGACCGGGUUUUUAAGUCGGACCGAUGGAUUUUCACUAUGGCGCCACCGUUUCUCGUUAGGGCGUCGUCAAUGAAGUCACCACGGGUGGCUAAUAGCGCCGCCGGCGGAAGUUCAUCGGCUGCUCCAGCAGCUGCACCACCAGUUCUGACUGCCCCAUCAGCAACAUCAGAAAUACACCAUUUACCGGUUUAACUGAGCUUUCUAUGAACCCAACUUAAAUGGUUCUUUUGUAUUUAUUCUUUUGUUUUUUUUUUUAAUUAUUAUUUGGCCACGAUUUUGGUUUUCCAAUGUGAAAUUUGUAAAGAUGUGUAUAAGUAACACAUUUAUUGGUACAGAAUUUAUAAGCAAAAUGAAAUAGGUUGAGGUCUUGAGGAUCUUCGAGUAAUUAUUUUACCUGCGUCUUCCAUAUUCUAUGGUGAGGGCUAUACUCUGUGAUGAGGGGGUCCAUCUAAAGCUUCAUCUUUUUAUUAGUGAUGACUUUUCUAGAUAAAAAAUUUAAAACUAAUAAAAAAGUCAUUCAUAUGCACAUA